GCCGACAGGUGGGCGCGAAUAUUAAUACGCGCGACAUUAGCAAAUAUUUAACGACAAUUGUGCCACCCGUCCUGAACCCACAAGCACUCCGCCCAGAGCCGCUCCGUUGUGUUCUGUUUUUGUUUUGUUUUUUGUUGUUGUGUUAAAUUGAAAACGCGAUUGACAUGCAGCUGAACGAGCAUUAUCGCAGGAUUAUCAAGAUCCUGAUCUUUGCCUUUCUGUGCACCGAGAUGCAGACGACGUUCACGCAUCGCGAUUUGGCCAAGAAGCGCAGCAUUGGCAUGGCCCCAACCGCUGGAGCACUGACAGAGGGCAGAAGUGCCGCCGCUUGGUCCCCGAUGGCCUCGUACCAGGCCUCCAUUCGCCUGCUCGACCAGGAACGGGACUACUUUGGCAAGGGACACAUCUGCUCGGGCGCCUUGGUGGCGCCCUCAGUGGUGCUCACAGUCAGCAGCUGCCUCUACAGCCAUGCUCGCAGGAGCUACUAUCAUCCGGCGGAGCUGCGCGUCAUGCUCGGCAAUCCUAAGCGCUUUGCGCCCAACGAUCUGGGGCUCAUCCUGGGCGUCACUCAUGUCCACAAGCCGCCCAAGGAGCUGGCCCUGGCCAUACUCAUGCUGGAGCGUGAUGUGCCACUGGAUCAUCCACAGAUCCAGCCCGUGCUGCUGCCCCAUCCAGAGCUGCCAACCAGUUCGCUGUCGGAGACAGCGCUGCAGAUCAGCACUUGGGGCUACGAUGGCCACAGCCGCGAGCUGCACGAUCUCCUCACACUGAACGCCACACAGAUGUCCUGCCAGCAGGCACAGCCACAGCCACAGCCACAGCAGAGAAUCUGCGUGCAAGCGGAGGCCUUGGGUCAGCUCUACAUGGAUGCGGGUGCCACGCUCACGGAGCGCAAUCAAUUGCUGGGCCUGCGCAGUGCCGAUGCCGAUGCUGAUGCUGAUGGUGCUGGCUUUGUGGAUGUGGCCAGCCAUGUGGAGUGGAUCCUGACACAAAUAGGCGAUGGCUCCAAUCAGAACAGCUCCUUCUGGGGCGUGCUGCUCGUGCUUGCCUUCACGGUCUAUGUGCUGACGGUGAGCCGCAAGUCGCUGAUGGCUUAGCUCUGGGCUUCAACAUUUAUUCUGCCUAGAACUUAGACAUGGAUGAACGUGGGGAAUGUGAUAAUCUCGUAGUGCUCGUAGGAAUCUGUACAGAACAUAACAUAAUAAUUAACAAAUAAACAAGAUAAACAAACAACAACUAA